AGUCAUGGCAAACUGAAAACAGCAGUUUUGUGUGCAUAAAACCUGUGUUGACUCACCAAGAAAAGGAAAAUUGAUGCUUGCAUUUGAACUGAGCCUCUUCCCCAACCAGACAAAGGUGUUCCGAGUGAGUCACAGAAUCCCAAACUGUGCAUGUCCUUCCAUGGCUGCAUAUAGCACCAACACCAGAGCGCUACUUGUUCUCACGUGAAACUGGGAAUUUGCAUGGGUCCAAUGCUUAGAGUUCCUCCUUAUUUGAACUCCUCUGUAUCACCUAUUUGAAACCUGGCCAUCUUUCCCUCCCACCCCAUUUGUCUUGAACAUGGCUCCUCCACACCAUCAGUCUCCCUCCCUUGUCAUGGCCUCGUUAACUUUCCUCGCCCUCCUCAACGCUUGCUUCUGUUCCAAUCCGAAACACCCCAAGCUUUCCACCUCAACAUCAAACUGGCUUCCUGCAGGAGCUACGUGGUAUGGGAGCGCUAAUGGUGCUGGAAGCGAUGGUAAGGUUCUUCUCCAUAUAAUGUUAUCCUUCGUCUACUAUUGCAGAGAGCCAUGUGUGUGAUUCCAGGAGGUGCUUGUGGCUAUGGAGGCGCGUUGGAGAAGCCUCCUUUCUCAUCCAUGAUAUCCGCGGGAGGCCCCUCGCUGUUCAAAUCGGGCAAGGGAUGUGGCGCUUGUUAUCAGGUGAAAUGCACCGAGAACGCAGCGUGUUCCGGCGAUCCAGUUACCGUGGUGAUCACGGACGAGUGCCCCGGCGGUCCAUGUCUCGAGAAGUCUGCCCAUUUCGACAUGAGCGGGACUGCGUUCGGGGCCAUGGCGUCCUCUGAUCGAGCUGACGAGCUUCGCAAUGCUGGUGUGAUGACAGUGCAGUACGCAAGAGUCCAGUGCAGCUACCCAGGCUUCGACUUGGCCUUCCGUGUCGAUGCUGGCUCAAACCCUUACUACUUCGCCGUCGUCAUAGAGUUCGAGGAAGGUGAUGGAGAUCUCGCUGCUGUGGAACUCAUGCAGGCAUCAUCAUCAACGGAUUCAUCGCAAUGGCUUUCCAUGCAGCAGUCAUGGGGUGCAGUGUGGAAAUUGAACUCAGCUUGGCAGCUGCAGGCCCCCUUUUCCAUCCGAUUGACGACGCUUUUAUCCAACCGGACGAUUGUGGCAGACGAUGUGAUCCCAUCAACUUGGCUGCCAGGGGAAACAUAUCGAUCUACCACACACUGACACCAGUAUCGAUCUUCAUUAGGAGUACGAUAUGUAACUGCUAGUAACUAAUCAUGGCUUAAUUCAUGACAAUAAAGACAAAUUUU